AUGGCGUCCGCGCCGCCCAAGGCGGGGUCCGGCGACACCGCGGGCCCCUCCGCCCCAGCGAACCCCCCAUCCAACGACGACGGGCUCUCAGAGGCCCCCUCGGCCCCGGCGCCGCCCAUGACCGGUCGUUUGGACUUCAACAGUGAACAGACGACCUUGUGGUCCUACCUGACGGGCACGCCCGGGUCCUCGGGGUUCGGAUCGAGCACGGUCGUCGACGAGGUCCUCGAGGGCGUCGACCUCGCGGGUCGCGUGGCGCUCGUGACGGGGUGCUGCGGCGGGAUAGGCUCGGAAGUGGCGCGGGGCUUGGCGCGCAGGGGCUGCCACAUCGUCGCGGUGUCCCGCACGCUCGAAAAGGCCGAGACCUCCGCGAAGCGGAUCAGAGUGCUCGUCCCUGACGCCAAGGUCACGCCGCUCGGGUGCGACAUGUCGUCCUUCGCGUCCGUGCGGCAGCUCGUCGACCGGUUCUUCGCGACGGGCCUCCACCUCCACAUUCUCAUCAACAACGCAGCGGUGAUGGCCAGUCCCUUUUCCUUGACUCCGGACGGCUUCGAAGAACAGUGGCAGGUCAACUACCUCUCGCACUUCCUCCUCACGCACCUCCUCCUCCCCCACAUGCGCGCGUCGGCCGCCGCGCUCGCCGCGGAGCCCAGCUCGGCCUCCUCGCCAGCGGGCCCCUCGUCGCUAGUCCGCGUCGUCAACGUCACGUGCAGCAACCACUACGCCUCGUACCAGGUCGGGCGCACCUCCGGCAUCCGGUUCGAUCAGCUCGCCGGGGACGCCGCGGCCUUGGCGUACAGUUCUUGGUUCAGUUUCGGACAGUCAAAGCUGGCGAUGAUCUUGCACGCGCGCGCACUGACCAAGGUGCUGCACGACCAGGGCGCGCGGGACGUCCUCGUGCUCUCCGCGAACCCCGGCAUCGCCCGCACGGGCAUCCAAAGGUUCAUGGGGUUCGGGGCUGGCUCCGUCGGGACGCGCAUGAUGGCGUACAUGGCGGAUCUAGGGGCGCGUGCGCGGCUGAUGAAGACGCCGUCGCAGGCGGCGGCGACUGUGGCGUUCGCGGCGGCGCACCCGGCCGUGGAGGAGCUGCCCGGGGCGUAUCUGAACGACUGCAACCUCGGGAAGUGCUCGCGCGCCGCGAACGACCCGCAGCUCGCCUCGGCGCUGUGGACGGAGAGCCUGCGCAUGAUUGGCGUGCUUCCGCCCGCGUCAGACCCGGUGAAUCCGCUCAACAACCCUCCGGACCCGCCAGCUGUUUCUGAGACGCCGGCGACGGCGGGAGACAACGCGGAGGGCGUGGAGCUGCCCGAGCGAGCGGGACCGUUGCCGCCAGCGGUAGGCGGCCAGAAACAGCCCGCUGGUGGUGGCGGGGGGACGCAGAGGGGCUCCGGAACCGUGACGGCGGCCCCCCCCGGCGGGCCGGACUCGGACUUCCGCCGCCCAGCCCCGCAGUGA